CACCGGAGUUCUUCUGUCACCGCCAACUUCUUGCGACUCACAACGAUAAUUGCAACUCAACGUGGCUUACCAGAGCUGAAGCUUAGCACGUGCCUUACGUCUGAGAUCCUGAGGUCAUGCAGCCUGCUCGGGAACUGUGCUACAGCUGUAACCCAUCACCCCCCUGUCGCCCAUGCCGGCAAUCAAACGGAUGACGCAGUGACAGUGCCACAGCUCUUCAAAACAGAACUAGCGCUGACUCUGGGACAGAGCGCGACAGGCUCUUUGGCUUCUCCCACGUCUCUUGAGGUUGGGAGGUUGGUGUCGAGGUUUUCCGGUUCAGAAAAAGCCGACACUAAUUGAACUCACCUGCUGCCGUUGACCGUUUGAUGUCCAAACCAAAAAUAUGCCAUCUUCUUCCGCUGAGGAGCAGAGCUGGCCCCGUCAAUAGACGCCACAUUUCUCCCCAACCUUUUCAGAGUACGACAAGAAAGCAAACCUACCCAUCAAGCUCUCUCUCCAUGAACCGACCUGCUCCGAUGCACAUGUCGCUCUUCAGAGUGAGUCCAGAGUCCCUCCGGAAUUAGAGCCAUGAUCCCUGCACUUCAGCACUGUGGCUUGAUUGUCGGUCAUGAUCCAGCCUGAAGGUCGAAAAUACAUGGCCAGCCGUGCAGCUUCUGUGAACGUGGCUUGUCGGCUUAGGAUGUUACCAGUUUAUUGGACCAGC